CCUCCUUCCUCACCGUGGUUGUCACAGACAGGAGCGGUUCCUGUCCACUCUCCAGUCAGGGUGCAGUUCCUCUGGGCCGACCCGGACAGGGUGAACCCUUCCAGGCAGGAGAAGCUCUGCGUUGUCCCGACCCGGAGCCACUGGUCCCUGGGCCAAAAGUCGCCGUGGUCCAGCUGGAGCUGACCGGGACACAGCACAUCUACGCGACGGAGACGGAGGAGGUGGCACGGAGACAAGGGUGUGAGGGAAACAAAGUCCUUCUGUAUGUGUCACAGAGGGCCCGGGUCUGCUGGAAGGUCGAAGGCCGUGAGAUCGAGCCGCAGCGGAGGCCUGUGUUUCGGAGCAGAAGGCGGACAAUGUCAGGAAAGCCCGGGAAAACCUCUGUGACGCUCCCUCAAAGAGAAAUGUCUCCCUCGCUCCGUCGCCCUGGAUGCUCUCGUCACAACGCCGGGCUCUCUGAGACGAGGAGGACUCGCUAGAUUCCCCCCCCCCCCCGUGAGAGGGGACAACGGAUUGAAGAUGUCUGACCUCAGCCAAGUCGCUGUGUACUCAGACUCCUCGGAUAUUUAUAAGAAUGUUUUCUGCAACCCCGCCUUCGAGCUGGAGGGGGAGCAAGAGGAGAGGGUGGAGGGCUUCAGGACGUCCUCGUCCACCCCUGAGCCAAUCAAACCACCAGCAGCUAGCUGGGGUCUGCUUGGGGUGUGUGCAAUGCGCCUGCAGGGUCCAGGUUGCGGCUGGGGGGUGGUGGUGGUCUCCGCCGCUGCUCUGCUCCUGUUGACGGCCCUGGGACUGGCGCUGGCCCUCGUCCUCACACAGAUGAAGGAUCAGGCAGUGGAGGAUCAGCUGUUGACGACCGGCCCUCCGGACCCAUUGAGCGCGGGAGAUGGCGGUUCCCGCACUUUACCCACAAUCCCAUCCAACAGAAGCCAAUGGGACAGUACAGCCGCGCCGCAGCCCACGAGGAUCCCCUUGUCUGAAACACGUUGUGGAGGGGUACUGACCGACUCGGAGGGCAGCUUCAGUUCCCCGAACCACCCCGGCUCCUACCCGCCGAACUCCCUGUGCGUGUGGGUGAUCCGAGUGCCGCCCCCCUCCACGGUUCAGGUCCACGUUUCCUCCUUGUCGGUGGAGGGGCCCUCCCCUUGUCUCUUCGACUGGCUGGAGGUGCAGGAGCAGACGGAGCGGAGCUCUGUGGUCACCAGGUUCUGUGGCAGCGUAGCGCCGCCAACGGUCAACGCGAACAGCAGCACGGUGUGGGUCACCUUCCGCUCGGACGCCAGCAUCGCAGGCAACGGCUUCGCGGCCCAGUACAGGGCCUCACAGCCCGGACACAAGAGCUGCUCCAGGGAAGAGUUCAUGUGCGACGGCGGUCGCUGUCUGCUGCCUGCGUCCGUGUGCGACGGUCGACCGAACUGCCGCGACCAAGCGGACGAGGCAAACUGCAGCCACAAACACACGGAAUGUGGCGGGCAGGGGUCAGGUCCUCACGGUUACCUGACGAGUCCAAACCACCCAAAACCUUAUCCUCACCAGCAGCUGUGUGUGUGGUAUAUCUCCGUCGAGGAGGGUCACGUCAUCACGCUGAGCUUCGGGAACUUCAGCCUGGAGACACAGGACGUGUGCGAGUUUGACUACGUGGAGGUGCACGACAGCGUCGACCCCGGAGCCGGAAGAGUCCUGGGCAGGUUUUGUGGCACCGCCGUCCCGCCGGACCUGACCUCCUCUGGCCCCCGCAUGACGGUGGUGUUUGUGGCUGACGAGGGAGUGGCCGACAGCGGCUUCAACGCCACAUACCAGGCUGUGUCUGUACUGGACAGGACGUGUGGUCCCAGCCAGUUUGCCUGCAGCACAGGCGAAUGCCUACAGCGGCAGUGGUUGUGCGACGGCUGGAACGACUGCCCCGACGGAGCGGAUGAACAGGGAUGUGGCAACUCCACCUACCCUCCCUUCACGUCGUCGUGUGAGUCUAUAGAGGUAGAGAUGUGUCAGGGCCUCAGCUACAACCUCACAUCAUUCCCAAACAUCUGGCUCUCCAUUGGCGAUCAGAGGGAAGCUGCCACACUCCUGCGACAGUACCAGGUGCUGAUGGAGCUGGCCUGCUUUCAACCCCUCCAGCGGCUGGUGUGUGGGAUGUUCCUGCCCCAGUGCAGCCCCCAGGGCGGCGUCCUCCAGCCCUGCCGCUCGGUUUGCUCCUCCGCCGAGCAGCAAUGCAGUCCGGCCCUGGACCUCUUCUCAUUCAGCUGGCCCUUCAACUGCCACCUCCUGCCCGACUCGCAGGACCCCAUGGAGUGCUCGCUGCCUUGACGCCACCAGCGUUUUAAACGUUUAGCCGUGUUGUUAAUAACGGAGAUGCUCAUCGUCGCCCCGAUGAGACAUUUUCUGAAAACAUGUCGCACCAGAUUUGCGUGAAGUGUUUGGAAUUUUCACAGAAAAAAACUGGAAACUAAUUUUCUGAGCUCACAUCAGCUGUACCACAGCAUGUCAAGUGUGAUGCAGACAGCGGUAUGACUUGUGAAGACUGCAACCUCCAUUACACACACAUAAAGCUUUUAUGGUGCAAACUGAUGAUGUUUCCAAGUGGCAGCCUGUGAAAGUUAAAAUGUGUAGGACCUAAAAUUGAACCUUGAGGUACACCACAAUUAAUUUUGUAGCUUUUAUGGUGCGUUCCUACCGGACAUGAGUUACACCAUGACUGCAACCUCCAUUACACACACGACGCUUUAAUGGUGCAAACAGACAAUUGUGGCACAGUAGCCGUUUCACACAAAAUUCAUGAAAAUAUUUUUUAUCCCCCCCUCUGAUUGAAAAUCAAACUGUUAUAAAUCAUCGCACCUUUUCGCACCUUUUA